AUGAAAAAAUGCAAAGGGCUUCCACUUGUAGUUGUCGUAAUAACAGGACUUCUUGCAAACAAGAAGACAUGGUGGAAACAAAUUUCCCAAAGUGUUAGCUCGUACAUUGUUAGUGAUCCAAACCAAUACUUGGACACACUAGCACUGAGUUACAAUCACUUGCUUCAUCACUUGAAACCAUGCUUCCUUUAUUUAGUAGCAUUUCCAAAAGAUCAAGAAAUAUCGGUGCAGAGAUUACUCUGGUUAUGGAUAGCUGAGGGGUUUAUACAAAAAAAAUGGGCAGAGAAGCUUGGAGGAAGUAGCAGAGGAUUACUUAAUGGAUCUAAUUCAGAGAAAUCUUAUGGGUCUAAAUAUUCGAACAAUGUGUUAAAUGGUUUGCUGUUUAUUUGUGAGACCUUCAAACUUCUUAGAGUAUUGGACUUAUGGUGUGUCUAUGGCUUAUUUUCAAGAAAAUUAGAACAUGUUAAUUUGAGGUAUUUGGCAAUUACGGUGGGGGGUUCAGUUCAAUUACCGCUGCCAAUAUCCAAUCUCGCAAACCUAGAUACCCUUAUUCAUUUUGCAUCUAUGUCUGAGGUUACUCUGUCACGUAAUGUGUGGAAGAUUCCGAAGUUGAGGAAUCUUUAUACUAAAGAAGAGAAAUAUUCUGUGUCUUUAAGUUCAGCAAUGGAUCAUAACUUUUUAAGACACCCUGAGACUUUGAAGCUAUACAACAAUUUUUGCAGUCAACCAACCACUUUCCAAGGGGUUAAGUUUCCUACAAAUAUUAAGAGGCUAACCUUGACAAAUACAGGUACAAUAUCAAUCCUUAGGAUGUUGUUACCCAACCUUGAGCUUCUCAAAUUAGAAAGUGAGGCUUGUUGGGGACUGCAAUGGGCAACAAAUGAUAGGGGUUUUCCUCUACUCAAAUUCUUGAAACUAAAGUGCCUCAAUGUUGAGCAAUGGAUCACCUGCUCUAGUUACUUUCCAAGUCUUCGUCACUUAUUGCUGGAAUCGUGUGACAAUCUUGAGGAAAUACCAUCUAGUUUGGGAGAUAUACUCACUCUACAAAUGAUUACAAUAGCCUAUUGUCGUCCCCCUAUCGUGGAAUCUGCCAGGAAAAUUAAAGAAGAGCAAUAG